ACCCUCUCUUCCCCCUCCCCGCCCGCAUGGAACCCGGAAGUGAGGGCGAAACCUGAGGGGGGAUAACGGGGCGCGACGGGGGGGGGUUUCUUUUCUUUUUUUCUUUUUUGUUUUUGAGGGGGGAAGUGUAAAUUUUAUUUCUUUUGGGGGGGGGCACAACUGCCUUUCGGAACUGGGAGGCCGGCUUGGCGACGGCAAAUGGGGAAGAAGCGUGUUUCCCGAGAGCGCGUGCCUGGGACCGUUAUUUGCCCCUUUCCUCGGCGAGGGGAGGAAGGUCAUAACUUCAAGUAUCACUGAAGCAACUAUUUGUUUGGAAAAGUUUGGCUUAUUUAUAACAGUUCUGAUUUUAACGUGGCACAAUUGCAAUGAAGAAGAAAAGAAGGCUUAAUGUAAAUGUAGAUGACAAAAUACAUCUUGGUCACCGAAGGGAGCAAACUGAUAAGAUUCCUGUAACAGAUUCUGAACAGGAAGCUCAUGUUGAUUCUGCAGAAGUAGCUACUGCAGACCAGCUCAUACAUUCCAAAGAACUUUCUCUGCUGCCUGAUCAAAGAAAGCUUUUAACUUCUUUGCAAUACAAUAAAAAUCUACUUAAAUAUUUAAAUGAUGAUCGACGGAAGCAGCCUUCUUUUUGUGAUCUUCUUAUAAUUGUUGAUGGAAAAGAAUUUAGCUCCCAUAAAGUAGUAGUUGCUGUUGGGAGCAGUUACUUUCAUGCUUAUUUGAGCAAAAAUCCAAAUACAAAUGUUAUUACCUUGGAUCAUGUAACACAUUCAGUUUUCCAUCAUCUGCUUGAGUUUCUUUACACAUCACAGUUUUUCUUAAAUAAAAAUGAAAUACCUUUAAUUUUAGAAGCAGCAAAAUUUUUAGAUAUUAUUGAUGCAGUUAAAUUGUUAAAUAGUGAAAAUGUUUCCAUUUCACAAUCUGAAGAGAAAACAAAAAACCCAUCUCAGGUCGAACAGACAACUGAACAAACAUCUAAAAUAGCCACCAAUCAUCAAUGCACUUUAUGCAAUCGUAAUUUUUGUUACAAGAAAUCAUUAGAAAAUCAUUUGUCCAAAGCACACAAAUCUUCUGCACGAGAAAAAGAACAUGGGCGAAAAAUGGUUGAGAAGUCAGUAAUUUCUACUAGACGAUCAAUGCGAAAUCGUAAAUGCCUAGCCAAGUUUGAUCAGAGUGACAAUGAAAGUGGUAAUGCAUCAGAAACCAAUUUAGAUACAAUUGUUCCUAGUCAGGAGAGCAAUGAAUCUGAAGACAGUGGAAGUGAAUACAACACUGAUGGGCAGGAAGAGGACACUUUGGGAGAUGAUACAGAGUCUGAACAACAUAGUGAAAAAGAAUGUGGAGAGGUUCAUGAGCCAGAUGGUGCAGCAGGAAAUAUUUCUGAAGAUAAUCUUUCCACAUGUAUUCCACAUAUUCUUCAGAACAGCAGCAAAAAAUGUUUGCAGUGUCCUAAGUGUGAUAAAACAUUUGAUCGACCAGGAAAAUUUGAAAGCCAUGCUCGAGUACAUACGGGUGAAAAGCCUUUUGAGUGUGAUAUUUGCCAGCAGCGUUAUUCAACCAAAUCUAACUUAACAGUACACAGAAAAAAACACAGCAGUGAAAUGGAAUUUCAUAAAAAGGAGCACAAAUGUUCAUAUUGUAACAAACUACAUGCCACCAAAAAGACCCUGAUAAAGCAUAAAAAAAGAUUUCAUCCUGAAAAUGUACAAGAGUUUCUGCCUACCAGGAAGAAAAAAAGCGAAGGAUGGAAAUGUGAAAUUUGCAAUAAGUCUUUCACACGAAGACCUCACUUAGAAGAACACAGAAUUCUUCACACACAGAAUAAACCUUUCAAAUGUACAUAUUGUGAAGAGCAUUUUAAAUCCCGCUUUACAAGAUUGAAGCAUCAAGAAAAGUUCCAUUUAGGACCUUUUCCAUGUGAUAUUUGUGGUCGUCAGUUUAAUGACACUGGAAAUCUGAAGCGCCAUAUCGAAUGCACUCAUGGAGGAAAGAGAAAAUGGACUUGCUUUAUUUGUGGAAAAUCAGUUAGAGAAAGAACAACUUUAAAAGAGCAUUUGAGAAUUCACAGUGGAGAAAAACCACAUCUAUGUAGCAUUUGUGGGCAGAGUUUUCGUCAUGGAAGCUCCUAUAGGCUUCAUCUGCGAGUCCACCAUGAUGAUAAGAGAUAUGAAUGUGAAGAAUGUGGAAAAACAUUUAUUCGCCAUGAUCACCUUACAAAGCACAAAAAGAUACAUUCAGGAGAGAAAGCCCAUCAGUGUGAGGAAUGUGGAAAAUGCUUUGGCCGAAGAGAUCACCUCACUGUUCAUUAUAAAAGUGUUCAUCUAGGAGAAAAAGUGUGGCAAAAGUACAAAGCAACAUUUCAUCCAUGUGAAGUCUGCAAGAAAGUUUUUAAGGGGAAAUCAAGUUUAGAAAUGCAUUUUAGGACACAUUCAGGUGAAAAACCGUACAAAUGCCAAAUUUGUAACCAGUCCUUCAGGAUUAAGAAGACAUUAACUAAACACAUGGUUAUUCAUUCAGAUGCUCGCCCUUUCAACUGUAAAUACUGCAAUUCAACAUUUAAACGAAAGGAUAAAUUAAAAUACCAUACUGAUCACGUACAUGGAGGGAAGUCUACAGAAGAACUGCAAAACUCAUUGUCAGAGGAAAAAAUUGUGACAUUACCAGCUCAGUACCCAUCAGAUGACAAGGCUUUUCAAGGUGAUUCUAAACCAUUUGUGAAUCAGAACACAACUUACCAAGUGGAUACCAAGGCAAUGCUACAGAAUGUACCAUCAGACACACGUGUGCCAGUGACACUGAUAUCUGUUCGAAUGCGUGAAACUCAGUCUGAUCUUGUACAACAACAGCCUCCUGUUAUAUCUUCAUCUCACUCAAUUCUUCCUCCACAACCUCCUCCAACGGAUUAUCAGCAAGCAACAGAGCUUGAAUUUCUUGAAAAAUAUACUCUUACUCCACAACCAGCAAAUAUAGUUCAUCCAGUUAAACCUGAACAAAUAUUGGAUUCUAGAGAACAAACUUCUCUUGGAAUGUUACUUGGUAUUGAUUCAGCUCAUUCUGUACAGAACAUUUCAAAUAAUGAACAUUAAUGAUCAUGUCUAUGAAAUGUGAUAUUUCAUUAGUCUUGAGCUGUUAGCCAUUUUGAAGUCUAACAGUAUUAUAUAAGCUGUUGUCUGCUUCAUUAAAUGAAUGGGGUAUUAUGUUGAAAUAGGUGUGUGUAUAUGUGGAGAGAGAGAGGAAGGGAGGUGAAAUGAAAUGUAGAGAAAUAGAGAUUGUGACAAGUGUCUUGUCAAGGAUCCAGCAUUCUUCUGUAUGAUAGAAGACAAAAAAUUCUAGAUACAUGAAAGUAAUUAUACAAACUGUAUUUAGUUAACCAAUUUAGUUUUCAAAAUCAUUUAAAUGAAUUAAGUUCAUUUAUUGUUUAAUCACUAAAUGGAGACCCAAGUUCCAUUAUUAUACACUUAAGAGAGCCACCUUUUUAUUUAGAUUUGGUCAAAAAUGUGAGAGGGGGGAGAAGUUGCUUUUAAUGAACAGUAGAAAAGUGCUGUGGUUACCUGAGAUCAAAAACACUUAUUCUAAAUUAUUUUAAAGACAUGCACAGUUGUUGUAAAGAAAACUAUAAUUUCUUUAAUGACUUUCUGACUGCAGUAUUUGUUAUUCUGCAUAUGUGUAAUGUACAGAAAGUCCAAGAGAGAGUGUUAAUAUUCCAUUCAUUGCAUGAAGAAUGCUACAGUGCAAAAAUUUAUAACAUAGUUGGCCUUUAUGGUGUCUGUUUGUUUCAACAAACUAAAACAAGUGUUCUACUGAAAAAAACUUUUAACAAUUGUAAAGUUAAUGUAUCUAUAUUUUCUUUUACUUCAGUUAUUUUAAAGCUGUUGAGCAUGAAAAAUUAUUGUUGCCAUUUUAAUGCAGUGGUUUAGCUUUCAAAAUCAUGUAUUUUUCUUUUAAAAUGUAAUUUUUUAAAAAACAGAUUCUCGAAGAGUAAAAAAUAUUGAUUUAAUCAAUUAUGGAUUUGAAGUCCCCUUCCUAUGUUUUCACGGUGCACAUAUCUCAUUUUGUAUGUUAUAAAAAGCUUUACAGUUAAAAC